AUGUUGCCAUCCUUGCUAUUGCUCAUUGUUCCGCUAUUGGCUAGUGGAUUCAACAUCUUCGAACCGGUUCACAACCAAUCGCAGCUUACGGAAGCUGCUGUCGCUACGAUUGAACAAUUCUAUGUAGCCCACUUCAAACAUAUUUUCGUGAGACAUCGUGCCAGCAAUCCGAACAGUGCAUUGCGUCAGCGGGACAUCAUCAACCAGAUUCUGACCCAGAUUCAGUCGCGUAUCACUGUUCAGUUGGAGACGCACCGGGCCGAGGUUUUCAAUGAAUCCCGGGCUCAAAAUGUAUUUCUGGUGGAUGACUUUGCGUCCUUCCGGCUGAUCAGCCAAGGAAUGAAAGUUCGAACGUACGAUUAUACCGGUUGGUUUCUGGUGAUUGUUAGCGACACUUCCAGUAACAGUAACCACACGGUACGAGAGAUCAUUGCGGAUUUGUGGUCGCACUACAUCGUCAACGUGGGAAUCCUCAUAACGCAUGCAGAUACGUCAGAUAGUGUGGACUACUUCACAUACUUCCCAUACGGAAACGGCCACUGCGAAGACGUUCGUCCCCGGCUGUGGAAUACAUUUACCAACGGACAAUACAUGGAUCCUUCACGGCAAUUGUUUCCGAAUAAGCUCGCCAACUUUUAUGGCUGUUCGUUAAAAUUAGCGACGUUUCAUAUUCCACCUUUUAUGAUACUCCGAUACGGAAUCGACCAGAAACUGCUACCAUUAUAUGGAUUAGAUGGAAUCGUUAUUCGUGCGCUUAGUCGGCAGUUGAACUUCACCUUGGAAGUGAUUGUUGUAGAUCCUCCUGAAUGGGGAAUCACUGCUCGGCUGGGUUAUUCUACUGGAAUCUCUCGAUAUAUUCGAGAUCGUGUGGUGAACUUUUCUAUCGGAUACUGGUCGGUAACCAACGCUCGGAAUCGUUACAUUGCGAGUACCUUUCCGUAUUAUACAUCUCUUGUAACAACCAUGGUACCGCCAGGAGAACCGUAUAGCCCUCUGGAGCAGCUGAUACUUCCCUUCCAAUAUAUUAUUUGGAGCUGUGUGGGCACCAUUCUUGCAGUCGCAGUCGUUGUCAUCGCAGUCAUUCAGUGCCAAACAUCGAGAGUGCAAAGCUUCGUUUUUGGACAAGCGAUAAUCACUCCUGUACUGAACACUUUUAACGUCUUUUUCGGUGGUGCUCUCACGCGCUUACCCGGUCGUAACUUCUCCAGAACGUUGCUGGCCUUUUGGUUAUUCUAUGGAAUCGUCAUUCGUACCUCGUAUACUGGAUCGUUAUUCAAAUUUCUUCGAUUGCAACCGAACAAGACGACACCGCUGAGCUUGCCGGAAUAUGUCAAAGCAGGAUAUCAAAUCCGGAUGUCACGAAAUUACAGCUAUAUUUUCGAUGAAUUUCCUCAAUACCUACCUAGUCUCAAGCAGACUAGUCUGAACGAGUUUUUCGCCCAUGAGAUGGAUGAGCUGCAACGACCGGGGACUCGCUACGUUACCCUCGCACCGAUCGAAAUGAUCUCGUUCGAGAAUCGAGAAUUAACAAAGCGCGGACAGUUUCUGCGAACUACCAAGCAUCGAGUGUACACCUCAAAGCUGGGAAUCUACACGCAACGAUUUGCUCCGGUACUGCAACCGUUCAACAAAUUACUAGGACAGCUCGACACCGCCGGAUUGAUCAAUCAGUGGGCCUCGAUCUUUCAUCAACCGGUGUUCCUCGCGGAUCCGGUCAGAGCAAGCGAACCAACGAAACUGUCGAUUGCACAGGUCCUGGGUUGUUUCCAGCUGUUGACCGCCGGAUUGCUCGUUAGUUUUGUAGUAUUCGGUGUUGAGCUUGCUGUCGGGUAUAGAAAACGUGAAACACAGAUGAAAACCAUGUUCCAUGCUUAA